AUGACGAACACUGCCGACUCACCGCAUUUGAGCGCAGCCUCAGACCUACAAAAGAACGAGCAAGCAACGGAACAGGAAAAAGCCCAAGACGCGCUCAAGGAUGUCGAGAAAUCAAUGGCCACCGAGAACAAGUUGCUCAGGGACCUGGAAGAUCUCUACAACAAAUAUCCUGGAGAUAACGAACUUCGCACGUUCCUGGAUAAACGAAGACGAACGGUUCGCGAACAUGAAGAGGUAUAUACCGCAGUCAAAAUCCAACUUGACAAGAGUGCUUCUGGGCUUUUCAAAACCGAUAGCAAGAUUGCGUUGGCUACCAAGAGGAUUGGGCAGCUUGAAGCCGAGAAGGCCGAGGUCAUGAAAGAGAAGAUGGGGAUUGAUACGGCGGCGAAACGAUUGAUGCUUAUGUCUCGUUUUAUGGAACCCGGCUGGCAAGCUAGACUGGCUAUGGUUGAGGAGGCUUUGGGAGAAGAAGUUAUGCAGUUUGUAUUUUCAUAG